CCAUGUCGUCCAUCCUGCCCUUCACCCCCCCGAUCGUGAAGCGCCUGCUGGGCUGGAAGAAGGGCGAGCAGAACGGGCAGGAGGAGAAGUGGUGCGAGAAGGCGGUCAAGAGUUUGGUCAAGAAGCUCAAGAAGACCGGGCAGUUGGACGAGCUGGAGAAGGCCAUCACCACGCAGAACGUCAACACCAAGUGCAUCACCAUCCCCAGGUCCCUGGAUGGCCGGCUGCAGGUGUCCCAUCGAAAGGGGCUCCCGCAUGUCAUCUACUGCCGCCUGUGGCGAUGGCCCGACCUGCACAGCCACCACGAGCUGCGGGCCAUGGAGCUGUGUGAGUUCGCCUUCAACAUGAAGAAGGACGAGGUCUGCGUGAAUCCCUACCACUAUCAGAGGGUAGAGACCCCAGUUCUACCUCCCGUGUUGGUGCCACGCCACACAGAGAUCCCGGCCGAGUUCCCCCCGCUGGACGACUACAGCCAUUCCAUCCCCGAGAACACUAACUUCCCCGCGGGCAUCGAGCCCCAGAGCAAUAUUCCAGAAACCCCACCCCCUGGCUACCUGAGCGAAGAUGGAGAGACCAGUGACCACCAGAUGAACCACAGCAUGGACGCAGGUUCUCCAAACCUCUCCCCGAAUCCGAUGUCCCCAGCACACAAUAAUUUGGACCUGCAGCCUGUCACCUACUGCGAGCCGGCCUUCUGGUGCUCCAUCUCCUACUACGAGCUGAACCAGCGCGUGGGGGAGACCUUCCACGCCUCGCAGCCCUCCAUGACGGUGGACGGCUUCACCGACCCCUCCAACUCGGAGCGCUUCUGCCUCGGCCUGCUCUCCAACGUCAACAGGAACGCGGCCGUGGAGCUCACGCGGAGGCACAUCGGGCGAGGCGUGCGGCUGUACUACAUCGGCGGGGAGGUCUUCGCAGAGUGCCUCAGCGACAGUGCCAUCUUUGUCCAGUCUCCCAACUGCAACCAGCGCUACGGCUGGCACCCGGCCACCGUCUGCAAGAUCCCCCCAGGGUGCAACCUGAAGAUCUUCAACAACCAGGAGUUUGCCGCCCUCCUGGCUCAAUCCGUCAACCAGGGCUUCGAGGCGGUCUACCAGUUGACGCGGAUGUGUACCAUCCGCAUGAGCUUCGUCAAAGGCUGGGGAGCAGAAUACAGGAGACAGACAGUGACCAGCACCCCCUGCUGGAUCGAGCUGCACCUGAACGGGCCCUUGCAGUGGCUUGACAAGGUCCUCACCCAGAUGGGUUCCCCGAGCAUCCGCUGUUCCAGUGUGUCUUAGAGACGCUGGGUGUGAAGGGGGAGGGUGGGGGGGAGGGUGGGCUUGGGGGGGAAAGGCCGUGCAGGAGGUGGAGGAAAUUGGAACUCAACUCACUAUUGUCAAUGAAGAAGAAAUUUUUCUUCCUCCAUCAAAGCGGCGCCGACCUGUUUUCCAAAACAUAA